CUUUUCCCGGACGGACACAGACCGGAAGUCUUUCGUUGAAACCAAGUCGUAAAUCGCUAGCUUCACCAAACAAUCUUAAAGAUGACGGACCGCUAUAACAUCCACAGCCAGCUGGAGCACCUCCAGUCCAAGUACAUCGGCACCGGCCACGCCGACACCAGCAAGUGGGAAUGGCUGGUGAACCAGCACCGAGACUCGCACUGCUCGUACAUGGGCCACUUCGACCUGCUCAACUACUUCUCCGUGGCCGAGAACGAGAGCAAAGCCCGGGUCCGCUUUAACCUGAUGGAGAAGAUGCUCCAGCCGUGUGGACCCCCCGCAGACAAGCCGGACGAAUCAUAGAUUUGGACCUGCGACACCAUUUUGUGGCCACCUCAUUUCUUCCUUUUUUAUUUUACAUAUACAGAAGACACUUGGACUUUUUGGGGAGGGAGUUGAUACUUUAGUAUCAUUAGUUGAAGUUACAGAGGACUUUUGUUGGUGUUCUUAAAGCUUUCUUUCUCUCCA